AUGUCUCACGAAGGGGAAGAAGAUUUAUUGGAAUACUCUGAUAACGAACAAGAGAUUCAAGUUGCCAACAAGGCUGAAGGCGGAGCCGAUGCAGCCGGUGGUGAGGGUACCAAUGGUGCAGAAGGUACCAAUGGCGAUGCGGACAAGAAAGGGUCAUAUGUGGGGAUUCAUUCCACCGGGUUUAAAGAUUUUCUUUUGAAGCCUGAACUUUCAAGAGCCAUUAUCGAUUGUGGGUUUGAACAUCCUUCCGAAGUUCAACAACAUACUAUCCCACAAUCUAUCCAUGGUACAGAUGUUUUAUGCCAAGCUAAAUCUGGUCUUGGUAAAACAGCUGUUUUCGUUUUGUCCACUUUACAACAAUUGGAUCCCGUUCCUGGUGAAGUCGCCGUUGUGGUUAUUUGUAAUGCUAGAGAAUUGGCAUACCAAAUCAGAAACGAAUAUUUGAGAUUUUCCAAAUAUAUGCCAGAUGUGAAGACUGCAGUGUUUUACGGUGGUACUCCAAUUUCCAAGGAUGCAGAUUUGUUGAAAAACAAGGAAACAGCACCUCAUAUCGUAGUGGCAACACCAGGUCGUCUCAAGGCUUUAGUUAGAGACAAGUUAAUUGACCUUUCACAUGUCAAAAACUUUGUCAUUGAUGAAUGUGAUAAAGUUUUGGAAGAAUUGGAUAUGAGAAGAGAUGUGCAAGAAAUCUUUAGGGCAACACCAAGAGAUAAACAAGUGAUGAUGUUUUCAGCAACUCUUUCACAAGAAAUUAGACCUAUCUGUAGAAGGUUUUUGCAAAAUCCAUUAGAAAUCUUUGUUGAUGAUGAAGCCAAAUUGACAUUACAUGGUUUACAGCAAUACUAUAUUAAAUUGGAUGAAAAGGAGAAGAACCGUAAAUUAGCACAAUUGUUGGAUGAUUUAGAAUUUAACCAAGUGAUAAUUUUCGUUAGAUCGACUGCAAGGGCUAAUGAAUUGACUAAAUUGUUAAAUGCUUCCAAUUUCCCAGCAAUUACAGUUCAUGGUCACAUGAAACAGGAGGAACGUAUUGCUCGUUACAAGGCAUUUAAAGAUUUUGAAAAAAGAAUCUGUGUCUCUACAGAUGUUUUCGGUAGAGGUAUUGAUAUUGAACGUAUCAACUUAGCUCUAAAUUACGAUUUGACAACUGAAGCAGAUCAAUAUCUGCAUCGUGUUGGUAGAGCUGGUAGAUUUGGUACUAAGGGUUUGGCCAUCUCAUUUAUCUCUUCCAAUGAAGACGAAGAAGUUUUAAACAAAAUUCAAGAACGUUUUGACGUUAAGAUCGCUGAAUUCCCAGAGGAAGGUAUCGAUCCAUCUACUUAUUUGAACAAUUAA